UUUCAAUAGCGCCAAAGUUUGCGUCAUAACCUCAACAAUACCUUGGUCGCCCGAAUAAACUCCCAUCGUAAAUCUGAAUUUCUAUCGUAAAACAGGACAGGUUUCCUUAAAAAUUCGUUUAUUUCUCGUGUAAAGAGUGUUGCAUUAGAAAUUCUUGUUGUCAAAAUGUUUGUCGUGAAAAGAGGUGGCCGGAAAGAGGCCGUAAACUGUGAUAAAAUAACGUCUCGCAUCCAGAAAUUGUGCUAUGGUCUGAACAUGGACUUCGUUGAUCCGGUGGCCAUCAAAUCAAAGGUGGUGAAAGGGCUUUACAAUGGAGUGACCACAGCUGAAUUGGACAGUUUAGCGGCAGAUGUUGCUGCUACUAUGUCAACGAACCAUGCAGACUAUGCCCAGUUGGCUGCCCGCAUCGUCGUAUCAAAUCUGCACAAGGAAACGAAAAAACAAUUUUCCGAUGUCAUGCACGAUUUGUAUCAUGCCAAGAAACCCGUUCUGGAAGAGCCAGCACCACUCAUAUCCGAAUUCCAUUACAACAUCAUCCGGACCAAUUCGAAUCGAUUGAAUUCGGAAAUCAUUUACGACCGUGAUUUCAGCUACAGCUACUUCGGCUUCAGAACACUGGAACGGUCGUGCUUGCUCAAGAUCAAUGGGAAAACGGUUGAACGACCGCAACAUAUGCUGAUGAGAGUUGCCAUUGGUAUCCAUGGCAGUGACAUCGAUGCCGCCAUUCAGACAUAUAAACUUCUGUCGGAGAAUUUUAUGUCACAUUCAAUAUCGACGCUAUCGGGUGCCGCGACGAACAACGCUCAACUGGCGUCGUCGUAUUUGGUUGCAAUGAAAGACGACAGCAUCAAUGGCAUCUACUACAGUUUGAAGGAAUGCGGUAAACUUUCCGCCACGGCUGACGUUGGAUUUAAUGUGCAUUGUAUCCGGGCCAAGGGCAGCUACAUAGCUGGAACGAACGGAAUUUCGAAUGGUUUGGUUCCGCUUCUACGUGUCUACAACAACAAUGCUUUGAUGUUCAACACUGGUGAGACUAAGUCACCAGUCGGCGUUUUCGUUGAGCCAUGGCAUGCCGACGUUUUGGAUUUCUUAGAGCUGGGCAAAAGUACGGGGAAGGAUGAAAUUCGUGCCACCGAAUUGUCGUACGGUCUUUGGAUACCGGAUCUGUUUAUGAAGCGUGUGGAGAGCAAUGGUGAUUGGAGUUUGAUGUGUCCGCACGAAUGUCCCGGCUUGUACAACGUUUGGGGCGAUGAAUUCGACAUACUUUAUCUAAAAUACGAAGCAGAGGGACGAUUUAUUCGCAAAAUGAAGGCACAAGAUCUGUGGGCUGCUAUUGUUUCGUCACAAACUGAUACCGGUGCUCCGUUUCUGUUGUACAAAGACACCUGCAAUCGGAAAAGUAACCAACAGAAUGCCGGCACGAUGCGGUGCAGUAACGUUGGCACGGAAAUUCUUCAUAAUUCGUCCGAACAGGAGCCGGCAUCAUGCCCGUCCGGAGUCAUUACAUUGAGUAAAAUUGUGACGAAAAAUCGUAAAUUUGACUUUGUUAAACUCAAAGAAAUCGCGAAAACUCUCACCCACAAUCUCAACAAAAUCAUCGAUAGCAAUGCGUAUUCUGCGCCGGGAGCUGAAUCAGUUGCUAAGGAAAAGUAUAGGGCAAUUGCUAUUGGUGUGCAAGGACUAGCUGAUGCUUUUAUCAUAAUGCGACUGCCACAUGAAUCCGAAGCGGCUCAUCUACUUAAUCAACAAAUUUUCGAGACCAUUUACUACGGAGCCUUAGAAGCUAGCUGCGAACUAGCCGAGAAAUACGGAACAUAUUCUUCCUACAAAGACAGUCCGGUAAGCAAAGGCAUUCUUCAGUACGACAUGUGGAACAAAACUCCGACUAAUUUGUGGGACUGGCAAUCACUCAAAUCCAAGAUAAUGAGCCACGGCGUCCGUAAUUCCUUGCUGGUGGCUGCCGGAUCCACCACUGCCACAUCUCACAUAAUCGCAUGCAAUCAGUCAUUCGAACCGCUUCUAUCGAACAUUCAUUUUGAACGUGUCGGCAGCAGUGACAUCAAGCUUGUGAAUCACUUACUGAUCAAAGAUUUGGCCGACCUGAAUCUCUGGACGGAAGACAUAAAAAACAAAAUUCUGUCGGCGAAUGGAUCCAUUCAAGCGAUAAACGUUAUUCCAGCCAACAUUCGCGAGUUGUACAAAACCGUUUAUGAACUGUCCGUCAAAAAUUUAAUGAAAAUGGCAGCCGAUCGCGGAGCAUUUAUCGAUCAAAGUCAAUCGUUCAACAUUUACAUGAACGCUCCGACGUACGGUAAAAUCACUUCCAUGCAUUUCUACGGAUGGAAUUUGGGUUUGAAGACUGGCCUGUAUCGUCUGCAGACGACCAAAGAUGCGUCGCCCAGUCGUACGCCGAUGAUGGCUAAGCAAAUCACCGAAACGACGGAAGAGAAACGCGCCAAAGAGAAACGUUUGGGUGAUAUGGUUUGUUCGUUGGAGAAUAAGGAUGCCUGCCUGUCGUGUGGAUCAUGAUGAGGAGGAUUGAGGCUAAUUCUUUAGGAAAUUUUUUUCGACAAUAACAUCUCGUCGCAUCAAUGGAAAUGAUUUUAAUUCGCGUUCAUUCGACUUAUUUUUUUUAUUAUUAUUC